UCCAGAGAGCAGCAGCAGAGGCAGCCCGAGUGCUCCAGUCACUCUCUGAGCCGCGCAGGCAGCAGCAGCAGCAGCAGCACACGAGCGCUCCAGUCACUCUGUCUCAGCCGCGCGGGCAGCAGCAGCUCUAGCAGUCGCCGCAGCAGUAGGAGCAGAGCCAGCGCUCGUAACAGUCACAGCAGAAACAGCCGCGGCCAAAACUCUCUCUCCGUUCUCCGGACCUCAUUCAUUUUUUUUUUCCUUUCUUUCCUGGACUUGAUAAAGGAGAGCAAGUGAACCGCUGCUACCGAAACAACAACAACAACAACAACAACAGAGCAAAACAAGCAAAACAAACGCAGACCUGGCUGCCCCCAUGCCUAUCGAAUUUGUUUGCAAAAUCAAAUUUGCAGAGGAGGAUGAGAAGCAGAAAGCCAAGCAGGACGGGGACACGGAGAGCCUGAUCGAGGAGAGUUGCGCGCGGCCGGUCAAGGACUUGGCCGGCUUCGCCAACUCCUGCUCUCUCCAUGGGAUUAACCACAUCUUCGUCUCGGGCCGCCUGGGCAUCCGUCAGACCCUGUGGGCGCUGGCCUUCGUGGCCUCCCUGGCGCUGUUCCUCUACCAGGCGGCCAAGUGUGCCAUCUCCUACCUGGAGCAUCCGCACGUCACGGCGCUGAACGAGGAGGCCAGCCCCGAGAUGGUGUUCCCCGCCGUGACCAUCUGCAACAUCAACCGCUUCCGCUUCUCUGCGCUCACCGACGCCGACAUCUACCACCUGGCCAACCUGACGGGGCUGCCCCCCAAGAACAAGGACGGCCACCGGCCCACCGAUUUGGAGUAUCCUGCCCCGGACAUGCAGGACAUCUUUAACCGCACGGGCCACCAGCUCGAGGAGAUGCUGAUGAGCUGCAACUUCAGUGGGCAGAACUGCUCGGUGGAUGACUUCUCUGUGGUGUACACUAGAUACGGGAAGUGCUACACCUUCAACGGCAACAAGAACACGUCCCGGAAAACCAAACAGGGCGGCAUGGGCAACGGGCUGGAGGUUAUGCUGGAUAUCCAACAGGAUGAGUACCUGCCCAUCUGGAGAGAGACAAACGAGACAUCCCUGGAGGCCGGCAUCCGUGUCCAGAUCCACAGUCAGGACGAGCCUCCAUACAUCCACCAGCUGGGUUUCGGGGUCUCACCGGGAUUCCAGACCUUUGUUUCCUGUCAGGAGCAGAGGCUGACCUACCUGCCCCAGCCCUGGGGGAACUGCCGCUCCACCAGCGAGCAGAUGAUCCCGGGAUACGACAAGUACAGCGUCAGCGCCUGCCGGCUGCACUGCGAGACCCGCGAGGUGGUGCGGGAGUGCAACUGCCGGAUGGUGCACAUGCCAGGAACUGCAGAUAUCUGCCCGCCCAGUAAAAUCAAGUGUGUUGACAAAGCACUGGCCCUGCUCCAGAAGAGCACCGGGGACACGUGCCCCUGCGAGAUCCCCUGCAACCUGACCCGCUACGGUAAAGAGCUGUCCAUGGUCAAGAUCCCCAGCAAGGGCUCCGCGCGCUACCUCUCCAGGAAGUACGACAAGACAGAGGAUUACAUCAGGGACAACUUCCUGGUGCUGGAUAUAUUCUUCGAGGCUCUGAACUACGAAACAAUCGAGCAGAAGAAGGCGUACGACGUGGCAGGUUUAUUAGGUGACAUCGGUGGCCAGAUGGGUUUAUUCAUUGGGGCCAGCAUCCUGACAAUCUUGGAAAUACUGGAUUACAUCUAUGAGGUGAUGAAGAGCAGACUGCAGCGUCUACUGAGGCCCCGGAAGGAGGAGAGCAAGAGCAAGAGCAAGCCCCAGACUACCACCGUGGCCACCGUGGGCCUGGAGGACAUGAAAGCGAAGGAACCCAAUGACAUCAUCAGGACUCUCCCGGAAGGGGCAUACGCCAACACGAUCCUCCCGAACCACCAUCACCUCCACCACCACCACCCGCGACAGCAUCAGCCACCCCCACCGCCUCAACAACAACAACAACAACAACAACAACAACAACAGCCGCAGCCGCAGCAGCCACAACAACAACAACAUCCACAGCGCCACAGCGGGCGCCACAGUGUGUAUGAGGACUUUGCCUGCUAGAGCGCCCUUUCUUUCUUUGGUUAGUUACGUUUUUUUGAUUUCUGUUUGUUUCUUUCCUGUUCCUGAUGACAACAUGGAGACGCGUGUUCUCUCUGUUUGCGAGAAGACAGAGGAAGGUGUAGGAGGAGGUUAGAGGAAAGCCGCAGGGGGGCCCCAAACCAAAACAAACACAUUUGGGGGCUGGCCCCCUUACUCUGCUGUCACCAGGUAAAACAUAAAUAAGAAAUAUCACCACACAAGAAGAAGCUACAGCCAAAGCCUAACACCAAACAUGCGCCACUAACUGACCACAUGUACUCUCCAGUACGUAGGCACAAAUCGGGACUCUGAAUAUUGGUAUAGUUUUGGUUCUCCUCGUCGUGGGAAAGAGGGAGCCGCUCACCACGCGGUCCCAGCUCCGGGGAGCGAGUGGGAUUUGAUCGGGGUUUCUUAUUCGUUCUUUCUUUUCUUGUGACUUUUUUUUUUUCUGCAUUUCACCACAUGGGAGCGGGAAAGGCAUCCAUGGCGUCUUACUCACGUUUACAAGUAAUGGCAAACGAGCGAAAAUGGAUAUUUGAUUCAUUAAUUCAUUGAUGCAUGGGACGCCGUGCUGUUUGUGUCAGCGUCUCGGUCUCUCUCUCUCUGUUUCUCUCUCUCUCUCUCUGUCUCUGUCUAUCUCUCUAGCUCUGUCUCUCUCUCUCUCUCUCUCUCUAGCUCUCUCUGUCCCUCUCUGCCUCUCUCUCUCUCUCUCUCUCUCUCUCUCUCUCUCUCUCUCGCUCUCGCUCUCGCUCUCGCUCUCUCUCUCUCUACUCCAAACUCUUGUUUUAUUUUUCAUCGCUGCUGGAAAUUCCACUUUACCAUAAACCACAACACCGCUGUAAUUAAUGUAAUUAUUUACGGAGCUAUUCUGAUUAGUCAUCUAUAUUGUAUACAAGAUGAAAGUAUAUCAAGAGAGAAACCUUAAUACAUCAGUUUGUGUGAAUGUGUGUGUGCCUGCGUGCGUGCGUGUGUGUAUGUAUGUGUGUGUGUGUGUGUGCGUGUGCGUGUGCGUGUGUUUGCGUUUGAGGGCGGGGGUUAAGAAUUAUUUAAGCUUAAUCGUGUUACCUUGUCUUUACAAAUUCUAGCAUCAUCCAUCCACACAAUACACUUCUUAGGGUUUGUGGUAAGGUGUUUAGAGAGUAGCAUAAUAACUGUAAAUAUAAUGCAACUUUGAAACUAAAGAGGAGGUCUAUAGAUAUGUUGCAGUGGCUGUCGUUUAUGUUUGAAUCUUCUGUAAUAGUCACCUCAGUAACUUAUUUUACCUUUUGAAUAGAUAUUUAUGACAACAAUCAUGAUUGUAGCAACUACUGUAUACUUGCUUUUGAACGCUACCAAUCAACUGUCAGUAUAGCCGAUGUAUAUCAAUUGAGGCAAUUUAUAAUUCAAGCAAAGAAAAUGUUAUCUGCAAUAUUAUUUAACAUAUGCUCUUAUUAAUACUUUAUUAAGUAGAGUUCCAAUUCUGACGGGUGCUUUUGUUGACCUAAGACACGCCAUCGUGUGAACGUAAACACAUAAACCCACGCGUAAGCAAUAGCUGAAUGAUUUAUAUUGGUGUGUCUCCUUUUUUCAAACGUUCUCAACGUGAAUUCGGCAACGAUCGUGCAGUGACGAAGGUGAGCGUGCGUCAGUUCGGCCGUGCGGUGUGGUGACGUGCGCGCCCUCGAGGGCCCGAACAACACCAGACCGAGCCCGUCAGGCUCUAGUCUACAGCUGCCAGGAGAAGCGGGAAGGGGAAGAAUGCAUUUUUAUCUAAACUUGUUAUUUUCCUGUCCUGCCAACUUCUUUCCUUGUGUGAUCCGUUUUGUCUCGUGUUUAUCUUUAAACGGUUAUUAGCCUACAACAAUUGGGACGGUUGUCAGAGAGAGGCUGCUCUUUAAAAGGUGGAUAAACGUCGCACGGGCGAUGUUGUUUUGCAUCCAUUUGUUUCCACAAAGAGAUUCCGCGGCGAUUGCUCUGUCACAUCGCGCCUCUCCGUCAAAUAAUCACGGACUAUACGUGUCUGUUUAAUAUUCAUAAUCAUGUGUCACUCUGACAUUUCCAAAAGGUUCCCAGUCACGGUCUCGGGUGGCAUGGUGUACAGACUAUGCAUAACAAUGUUCUCUUCUGUCAUCAAUAAUUGUAGCCAUCUUCUGACAAGUCACAUGGGAAGGGGGGUGGGUAUUUUGUUUGGGGAGGGGGGGGCAUAUCAUCAAUGAAAAAAAGGUUUGCAUGUCCAUCAUGUGACUGAAAUUGUCCUCAGACCUCUCGAGCGCCGAUCCCUCAGACCUGCAGAAGUUCCUCUAGUCUGCAUCGUAACGCGAUUACGCACCAGAUCCAAGACUCCAGGCAUUGGAUUUGGAUUGAGCCCCCUGACAGAUAGUAGGAUUUGUUUUGUUUAACAGCUGCAAGUCCACUUGAUGUGCCUUGUAACUAGAUGGUGGGCGGGCAAGUAUGCGCGACAGCAGAUGGGAGGUCUUCCUCCUCACUUGGCGACAUGUAGCUUACAUUACUGGAAUUCCUGCUUCUCAGGACCGCUCACUAUGGCCAUCCUAUCCAACAGGAGACUGCCGUUGUUGCAAUGUACGCACACACACAGCCCCACAGCUAUAUACGUUUCUGAUUCCAAUUUCUCCCAUUAUUCUUUUUACCGUCAUUUCCGAGAAAAGAACCAGGACAAUGUCUAUAAGCCAGGUGAUGCAACCAGAUGUCAUGAUGGGAAGAUCACAAGAGGUAAUUCCGUCCAAUCAAGAAGCGACGUUGAGAAGGCCGACAUGCAUUGAAAAGGACGCGCACCUCCAGUACCAACGGACGCUUAGCAUUUUGUACAGGUCUUAUCUUGUGACUGUUGUGAUAACACAUUUUAUAAAAAUGCUAUGGUGAAUAUGACAACUAUUAAAUUUUAGAUUGAUAAACUCAGUGCCUCAUCAAUUUAGAAAGUGAUGACUUCACUAUGUUUCAGUUUGUCCGUUGCCUCGCCAUUCAUUAAUCCCAGUCAAAAUGUUGGUUUUUCCUCAAUUCCCACCAAAUUUACACAUAAACACAUUUUAUCCUGAUCUCUGAGGACUUAAUACAAUGAUCAUUAACUGAUCACUAGAAACUGAAGUUAUAAAUCCUCGCACCCUGUUUAUGUAUCUCAGUAAAAAAAUGUUUUUUUUACUGUUGCAGUAUUCAAAGUGGGGACACAUAAAGGGUGAUCCGUGUUGGGGGUUCAAUGUGCUUUAAUGCCGCCAUUAAGCAGACUUUUGAGUGACCAGACCCUGGCGUGCCCUCUAGGAGAAAGUCCUGGGAUUGUAUGUAAAACAAAGUACAACAUAAUGACAUACAAUUAACUUCCAGCUGCUCUGUAGUUAUGCACUUUAACUGCUUGCCUCGGGGUUGUACAUAUGAACCCCUGAAAUGCUAAAGCAGUAAUUACGUUUGUGGUGAUUUCCCCGUUGUUUGAGUUCGGUGUUUUUCUUAACUGGCCCAGACGUCAGGCGGGCCUCAGGGCGGGUUCGGUUCAGCCUCGCUGCCCUCGCUGUCCAAUAAACACGUGAGACUCCUUUGGAUAUUAGUAUGUGCGAGAGCAGAGGACUUUUAAAGACACAUCUCCAGUUUAAUAGUUUGUUGUCUGUCUGUUUGCCUUUACAGAAAGACACUUUUGCAGGGUACCUAAGAAACGGACAUUUAUUUUAGUCGCGUCAACAUGCGUCUACUGACACCUAAAGGACAAAAGCAUUUCUGUCACUGUUAUUUUACAGUUCAUCUUUUUGGGUGUUAAUGUUGCCCAAGUGAGUUAUCAAAAACAAUAUAAAAUGUUUAUAAUUAAAUAUUCUUUAUUUUGUAAUUACAGUAAUUCACAGUUCAUUGGGAAUUUAAGUAUACACGUGAAUGUGGUCUGUACAUUUCAAACAAUAUGACAUGGUGUGAAUCAGGUAAAAUAAUUUAUAGGCAAAAAAUAAAUAAAAUGUUUUGUUGAUCUUGGUA